CCCAAAAUGGGUUGCACGAACUCGCGCAGCAUAGGAAAUACACUGAUUCUGCAUCCGCCGUUCAAGUCCAUUGAGAACAAUGUGAUUCCUUUAACAGAUGAACAAAUAAAAAUCCUGAAAGAAACAUGGGGGAUAAUCGAGCCGACCAAGAAAGAAAUAGGAGUGAAUGUCUACAUACGAUUCCUGAAGAUGAAUCCUGAUAUAAAAUCGCGCUUCACUGAAUUCAAAGAAAUCUCAAUUGAAGAAAUAAAUAAAAACAAUGGUCACCCUAGAAGAUUGAUGGCUGCCAUCGAAAACUCUAUCUGUUCGCUCUAUGACCCCGAAACUUUCGCAGGUUACGUGUUGGAAUUAGGAAGAAGGCACGUCAGACUUCGCUUCAAACCGACAAAGUCUCAUUUCAUAGAUUUGAGGAAAGCGUUCAUUAGCACCAUUAAGGAAUUUCUCACCACCGAUUGGAGACCAGAAGUAGAGGAGAGCUGGGUGCUACUGUUCGACUUUAUGGCUGCCGUUAUGAUGAAAGGGUUCAAUGCCAAGUCCUAAAUCGCAUGCGUAGAAAAGCCGUAAGUUUGCAGCCAACAUCACAGACUCUUACUUGUCGGCCAUCGGGCGAAUAAAAGCGGCUACAAACGAGAUUUACCAACGCAUUUUUAGCAAUUCGUUGAGAGACAGACCUCCGAAAAAACGGCACGAUUUGUUGUAAUGUUUUACUGAGGGCAUGGGAAAUGCAAAUUAUUGUUUUGAAGGAGCGAGACUGAAAAGACUAGGCUGGUAAAAUUAUUGCACUCAGACAAUUUUUAGAAAUUAAUUAUUUUAUUUGGAAUCCUCACAGCAAUUGCGAGAUCUUGCAUUUGCCGGCAUUUUAAUUCAAUACAAUAACGGGCACGUAGCCGACUUACUGAACAUACGCACACCUGGACUGGUUGCGCGCAGAUUGGGCUAACGUCGGAAGACCACUCCCCAAUUCCGAUUUCACAACGCAUAACAUUGUAAAGUGGCGACAAUUCCAGAGUAAACAUGACUUGCGCAUGAUCACGUCCUUCACGAUCAGUGCCUUUAUUAUAUAGACCUUGAGAGCUUAGAGACAAAUUCAAUAUAACGGCAAUCAUCUAUAUAAAUGAGAUGAUUUUCAGUCACUGUAACACCAAUUGAUCUUUCGUUUCUAUGAAAAGAUGUGUGAGAGAAAUUCUUGAGAGCACGCCACCAACCCACGACGAUGUUCGCACAUGCCCAGACGUUUGACCGUUGUGUUAACGUGGAUAUGUGGCUCUAUGUCAGCCACGCCCCUGAAUAAAUACACUAAUUGAGGCUUAGAAUUGGCUGCCAUCGAAAAACGUUGACACCGAAAAAAUUACAUGCAACAAAUAUUGAAAAUAUUCAGCUGACCUCAGUUCAUCCCUUCUUAGUUGGCGUUAUCAAUU